AUUAUAUGUCAUGCACCAUCUGUUCAAACACGUAUUUGUUUUAAAAAUUAAUUUAUAUACAUUUAAGUUCAUGGGUAUUUUCCAAAAAUUCAUAGAUUACACGCAGUCAUCCUUGGUCUGUAUCCACAUUAAUACAUUUUAAUGUUAUGUUUUCUUAAAUAAAUUAGUACUGUCCUUUAAAAAUUGUUAAAUUUUAAUUAAUAUUCUAAAUGUAACUGAGAUAUAUUAAAUGUUAAUUACAUUUUUAAAUAGAUUUUUUGUAAGUUAAUCAGUAAAUAACUUUUUCUAUGGUUGUAACAGUGGGUUGCUGAUAUAGCAUUGCUAUAACCAUAGCAUUCACCGCGAAAAUUGCUACGUAGACGAAAACAGAUUGUUAAGCAUGAAUAAAAAACGGAUUUUUAACUAAAAUAUAGUAUUUUAAAAAGUUGAAUUACUAUAAAAAAUAAUAUAAUUAAUUAUUUAAUUAUAUAUUCCAAUGUAAAAAUAUCAAUUCGAUGAGGCAAUAUUUUUGUUUAUUAAAAAAAAUACAUCUUAAAAAAUGGAAGAAAGUUCGGUUUUGUGGAUGCUUUCACUUGUAAUGCUAAUUGGUUCCUGCAUAGCUGGAUCUUUACCAUUAGUUAUGAAUUUAUCUGAGAUUCUACAAAGAACUCCAUGAUCAUGAACAUCAUGAACCUUUAAUCUUUCUAGGAUAAAUUACAACUGGUAUCGAUACUUGGUGCUGGACUUCUUGUAGGCACUGCGCUAGCUGUUAUUAUACCUGAAGGUAUAAGAGCAUUGUUUACUGGUGGAAGCAACAGUGACCAAGGAUUUCAUAAUGACCCUCACUCCUUAAUAGGUAUUAGUUUAAUACUUGGUUUUGUAUUUAUGCUUCUGGUUGAUCAGUGUUCAGCUAGAAGAAGCGGUGGAAGAGAAAAAAGUGUUACCGCUACUUUAGGUCUUGUAGUUCAUGCAGCAGCUGAUGGAGUAGCAUUAGGGGCUGCUGCAACUACAUCACAAGCUGAUGUAGAGUUAAUUGUUUUUUUAGCAAUAAUGUUGCAUAAGGCACCUGCUGCAUUUGGUCUUGUAUCAUUCUUACUACACGAGGGAGUUGAUAGAAAGAAAAUAGGUAGACAUCUUUUAGUAUUCUCUUUUGCUGCACCUUGUCUUGCUCUUCUGACAUAUUUUGGUAUUGGAAAGGAGGGAAAAGAAACACUUAGUAAUGUCAAUGCCACUGGCUUGGCAAUGUUGUUUAGUGCAGGUACAUUCCUAUAUGUUUCAACUGUACAUGUAUUACCAGAAUUAAUGACAAGAAAUAACAACACAUAUGCACAUCUACCCUCUGCUGAAAAUGUUGCAGUGUCUUCUGGACUUAAAGUUAAGGAAAUAUUAGUUUUAGUGAUGGGGUCAUUUCUACCUGCAUUAAUUACUACGGGUCACCAUCAUUGAUAACAUGUCAUACAAAAAUACAUCUGUCUUUUCAUUAUAUGUAACAUAAAAUGACCCUUUGAUUAGAGGGUAUGAUUUUUUAAUGCAUUCCAUGAUUUUUAUGUAAAAUCAUGAAGUGACAUCUGGAUGUUUGGUCAGUUCAAACACAUGUUUCAGAAGAUAUACUUUCAUGUAUUGUACAUAAUUGUAGAAAGGGCAUAUCAUAAUUAUUAUACAUUUGUAUAAAUUUGAUGAGAAUGGAAUAGGAUACAAAAUUAUGUAAAAUAACAAA